CAAAAACAAAUAUCAUUAAAUGGCUCAUGACUUUUGUCAUUUUCCUAAGAAUACACAAGUCAAUUCACAAGCACUUGUGACUUUUUGUCGGGCGACAAUUACAAUAUGAAGCCACCUCUCAUUUGAAUAUAGAUAUUUUAAAUGCUGCUAGCGAUCACCACCAGUGACUCUCCGGCUCAAUGACAACCCACCACAAAACUAAAAUCCUAAUUGUCGCUUAUCCGACCCAAGGCCACAUCAACCCAUCCCUCCGUUUCGCUAACCGGCUCAUUAACUUGGGUGUCGAUGUUACCUUUUCCACUAGCGAAUCCGUCAUACGACGUAUUGACACACAAACCUCCCAUCACGGCCUAACCUUUGCACCAUUUUCGGACGGACACCAUAAUGGCCUACAACCAACUACCACCUUACAACAAUUCUUCUCAGAUUUUUCUACAAAUGGUGCUUCUUCCGUCACGGAUAUCAUUAGCUCCGCGGCGGCAGCAGGCCAUCGGUUUGACCACUUAGUCUACACCACUGUUGUACCCUGGGCUCCAAAGGUAGCUAAUGAGCACAACCUCAAAUCCACUCUCCUUUGGUGCCAACCAACCAUUGUGUUGGAUAUUUAUUAUUACUAUUUUAACGGCUAUCAAGAUUUGAUAUCUUGUAACAACAACAACCCAACGUUUCCGAUUGAUUUACCCGGACUUCCAUCGUUAAUUAUCGCUGAUUUGCCGUCCUUUAUGAAGUCAUCCUGCCCCAAGGAAGAGGAUUAUGUUCUACCUUUUAUGAAAGAACAUAUUGAUGCACUCAAGAUAUCUCCAAGAAUACUUGUGAACACUUUUGAUGAGCUUGAAAUGGAACCCCUCAGAGCAAUUGAAAACCUUGUGAUGCUUCCGGUUGGACCCCUAGUUCCAUCGAACAAUUCAUUCAGUUGUGAUUUGUUUGAAAAACCAAAGGAAGAUUAUAUAAAUUGGCUAAACACGCAACCAAAAUCAUCAGUCGUGUAUGUUUCAUUUGGAAGCAUGGCGACUUUGUCACUUGAUCAGGCCCAAGUUGAAGAGAUGGCAUCUGGGUUGGUUGAAAGUGGCCGACCGUUUUUAUGGGUGAUUAGAGACAGUGACCAAGUGGGGAAGUUGAGCAAUAUAGAGGUUCUUAAGAAGCAGGGGAUGAUAGUGAGUUGGUGUUCUCAAGUGGAGGUAUUAAACCACCAAGCAGUAGGGUGUUUUCUGAUGCAUGGCGGGUGGAAUUCUACGGUGGAGGCAUUGGCGGCUGGUGUUCCAAUUGUUGCAUUUCCAUUGUGGGCUGAUCAGUGGACCAACGCGAAGAUGAUUGCGGAUGUUUGGAAAGCAGGUGUUAAGGUGAAACAGAGGGAUGGAGAUGGAAUGGUGGAAGGGAAGGAGAUUAAGAGGUGUGUGGAAAUGGUGAUCGAAGAUGGAGAGAUGAGGAGAAAUGCUAAGAAAUGGAGGGAGCUGGCAAGACAAGCUCUGAGUAAUGGCGGAUCAUCUGCCAUCAAUCUCCAAGCUUUUGUCGAUGAUGUUUGAAAUAAGAUAUCAAUUUAUAAGAAUUGUCAAGCUGAACAUGUCAAGAAAGGGUUUUGGAGCUGAGAGUCUCGGGAGCGACCUCUCUAUCUUUUGGGAUAGAGGAAAGGUUUUAUGAGUGGGAUUUUAUUGUGUUUGUUUGUUUGUUUAGUCAUGACAAAAUGUACGGCGAGAAUUGUUUGUAUCACUUUACUUUUUCAAAGGUUAAUGUGGUCAUAAUAUGAAUAUGGCAUUAAUUCUUUCUCAACUAAA